AUUUUUGACUCAAAUUUUGCUACGACCGAAUGGAGUAAAAAGUGUUAUGAAUUUUAUGAUUGGCGGGGAAAGUGAAGUUGGAUUAUCCCAAUUUGAGACAAUUUCGAAAUUAAUACUUUCUGUUCCUGCUAAGGCUAAGUCUCCCGAGGAUUAUUUCUCUAUAAUAUGCCCACAAUUGCUGAAUAUACUGCAAUCAACCUCCAUGUUGCCAUCCUUACAAACGCCUAAUAUCGAUAAUACAACUUUGCCUAUUGUUAAAGUGGCUGCUUUCACAAUAAUUAGAAUGGCUGACAAAUUUCCAGUCAUCACCAAAAAGUUCAUAAUUGCUAAUAUAUUUGAUACAUUAUGGAAAUG